UUAAUUAAUGUUGUCAGCUUAUAAAGAAAGCAUAGCAAUAGUUUUGCCUCCCCUUUUCAAUUCUUUAAUAUAUAUUGGAGCAUAAAGUUGUACUAUUAAACUUAAUAAUAAUGGAGAAAUGAAAAGGCAGCGCCAUCAUUCUAAGUCCACUUCUCUUCUUCUUUUCCAACAUCUCAUCUUCUUCUUUUGAGUUACUUGUAUUCAUUCAUCAGGAACAUAGAGAUGGAUUGUUCAAUAUGUAGUGCUAUGCCAUUUAUUCUAAGGCCACCAAGAAAUACAAUAUGCGGAGCUUGUUAUGAGGGAGCCAGAACUAUAAUUACCUUGACCAAUAGAAAUGAUCACACCGACAACACCAAAGGAACUGAUAAUAAAACAGUAGCUGCACUUUCCAAUCCUUCUAUUAAGGGAUUUGUAAAUGCGUUGAAAUGGGUGAAAGAAAUGAAGGAGAUGGAGGAGGAAUUAAACGACAAACUGAAUUAUCUAAGUGGGUUUGUUGUUGCCUUCAGAGAUCAUAUUCAUACCGAUAUUUUAAUUAAGCCUGGGAAUGAUGGUCCCUCCAUACCAGCACAUCGAGCUCUUCUGGCAGCAAGAUCUGAUAUAUUCAAGAAUAUACUGGACUCAGAUGGGUGCAAAGCUCCACCAAGUGACACAAUAACUUUACCUGAACUUAACUACGAGGAAUUAGAGUCUCUAUUAGAAUUCCUUUACAGUGGAGACUUGACUAAAGAGAAAAUGGAAAAACACGUUUACUCAUUGUCAAUUGCAGCAGAUAAGUACGAAAUCCCCUUCUUGCAGAAAUUUUGUGAGCACCAAAUGCUUGGAUCAUUGAACGCAUCGAACGCUCUCGAUGUUUUAGAGAUUUCGGACACUUGUUCUAACCAGUCUUUAAAGGAGACAUCGUUAAACUUCAUUGUUAAGAAUAUGGAAGAUGUUGUUUUUACAGCUAAAUUUGAUGCAUUUGCACUCAAGAAUCCUCAUCUAACUGUACAGAUUACAAGGGCUUCUUUUAUAGACAUUAAAAAUAAAAGGCUUGGUGUUUGAUUUUUUAUAUUA